AAAUUCCGAUCAAAAAGCCUCUUUUCCUUUUUUUCGCGGGCAAGGCGCGGCGCGUGUAAAGAGCAUUCACUAACGCAAAAUUGGCAAUUGAACUGCACGGCACCUCUCUAUACGGUCAAUUCAUUUGCAGCAGCAGCAAAUACAGUUCAAUCCGAUCCUAAGGUUUGACAUGCCUACUCUACAGCCUACAGUGGUCAUCCCUUCCCAUCAUCAUCAUCAUCAUCAUUACCAUUGAAAUCGUCUGAAGAUAUCAACGAUUAUCAUCUUCACCUCUCUGCCUGCCACUCCAGCAAAUACCCUGGUUCGCAUGACGUGUUAACCCCAAACUAUUGGCGUUCGACUCACAUUCAUUCACAUUUUUACACGCUCAUUUCGAUAAUCAAAAGGGAGUGAAAUCUCCAAUAACAGCAUACAAUCACCAAGCAAUACAAAAUCAGCACUCCCAAUAAUCCCUAAUUAAUUCUCAAGAUGGAACCAAUCUCGACCAAAAAUGCAAUGCGUAGACAUCCAUCCACAUCCCUAAACAAACGCGCACCUUCUGUACUUCCAAUCAAGGUGAAUUCAGCAUCUAGUUGCUCACAAGUACCUAUCUCAUGGGAUGCAUCACAAGGAAAAGCGCCAUGGACGGUAAUGAUCGCAUUAACAGAUUCCAUACCGUUCACCUUCAAUGUUCCACAAGCAUCCGGAUCGAAUUUUGCCGUGAAUUGGGAUGUACCAAAAUUAUCCACAAACACCCAGGCUUUAGUCGCAGUUGCAGAUUCGACAGGGGAUGUUUCAGGUGUUUCUUCAUUUUUCAACUUAAAUGCCGGCUCAGGAUCAUGUGCAGCAAUUCAAGUAGAUUUAGAUUUCGUUUGGUAUCCCACCAAUAAUAAAAACACUCCGGGUCAUUGUGACGAUUGGGGUGUCUCAUGGCAAACGGAUCCAAAGGAUAGUGGGGUAAAGGGGACUGUUUCAUUCACCUUCUUACCGGAAAAUGGUAGACCUGUCACUGUGAAUGCAGGAAGUGGUGCACAAGGAGCAUUCAAAUAUACCAUUCCUUUUCCUUCUGGCACGAGGUUUCUCGCUUCGGCAAACGAUGAGGGAAGUUCAGGUACAGGAGGCGUAGGAGACUUAUACAGCGUCUCUAAUGUCGGUCGCUCAAAAUCAUGUGUUGCGCUCAGUACAGUUGGUAAUGGCCUUCCGAAAGGGUCAGGGACAUUGGCUCCUGCAUCUACUGCAUCUACGUCCACGCAAAGCAGCACGAAAGGAUCAGCUAAAACAUCCUCGCAUGGCGCAGCAGCUUCUAAUACGUCGGGCGGGAAUACACCUGCCGUCUCUGCAAACGAUGCUGCGUCUGAUCAUAAAUCUAACUCGGCAGGAACAGCGGUUGGAGCCACAUUUGGUGUUCUAGGCGCUUUAGCUUUGCUUGGAAUACUGUUUUGGUGGUUAAGGAAGAAGCAUAGAGCCAAACAGGACGAGCACGAUGCAUGGGGAGGAGCAGCUAGCAACGGACAAGCGGCUGCAAAUGUAUCGCCCUGGAGAUAUUCAGCAUCACCGUACGGGGCACCGCAAACGAAUAGCAGAGCGAGUGCAUGGCUCAGACGAGCAUCGGGAACAGCAGCUACUGGCUUCCGUGUCCUCGGUCGCGGGGCGAAUAACAAUUCCCAAUCAGAUAUGGGACACGGUCGAAGCGGAUCAAUUACCACCAGUGCUCAACCGCAUAUGCAGCAAGCAACGUAUCGAAACAUGUCCGUUCCGGAAGACAAUUACGCCCUUUCUUCGAUUGGAGGUGGGAAUACGCCAGACAACUUCCCACGAUCCCCUUCUCCUACGCAAUCACAAAAGUUCGGCAACGGAAAAAUUUUUCACAGCACCGUUCCUGAUACAGCUCUCUUCCCUCCUCCUGGCCCUCGGUCGUAUGGUUAUGAUGAAGGUGGCUACGGCAUCGCAAGACAACAAAGACCUAUGCAGCAACAGGGAUGGCAACAUCCAUCGGAAGCUCAGUCGCCAUUUGCCGAUCCCGUUCGUGAUGGAGGUGCAGUGACGAUGGAUGGAUAUCGUGGACCGGUGAGUGAGGUACGCAAGGGUACUUCGUCAUUUGAUUCACAGAGCACUCCCUCUGUAAAAAGUCGCAAUUUGCUUCAUGGACGAAAGAAUGGCAGCAGUGCUGGUGGAAGCUCCAGUAGUGGACAUGCACGUACGGCAGAUGGACUUGGCUCUGACUAUAUCCCACCUGUUGGACCGACAAAGACAAGCAUUCAUGAUCCUUACACACAUAUGAGUCAAUUAUGGGAUCCGAACAGUCAUGGAGAAAUUGCUGAUCGGAUCAAUCAAGCUGGAAGAGGAGCAGGACAAAAUAUGCCUCCUGCAGCUGCAGCUGGAUAUCACGGUGGAUUUACUCGAACUGGACCGGGUGUCCAAAGAGUGAAUGCGCCAAUCACAAGUGAAGUGAUGAUGCCCGAACAAGGUAUGCAAAGGUUCGUUAAGACAGGACAGCGAAAGCCAACAACGGCAGAAGUGAUUGAUGAAGAUCGGGAGGAGUUGCCUUACCUAUAAGCAUAAUCUCGGGCUGUGCAUCAAGAGUUCGUCACCUAUUCAUCUUUUUUUCAAUAAGGACUUUCUAUUCGUCAUCAUUUUUCCACAGGAUUGCCACAGAAAAG